GCCCCUGCAGUCUGGAGAGGGGCCUUGGGGUUGUGGCACCGAAAGACCGGCCGCCCCGAGCCCGCCUUGGACCCGGCGGCGCUGAGAGGAACCGGAGCGGCAGCUGUCCCCGUUGAGUCCUGACCUCAUGAGAUCAUGCCGGGAAGCAGAACCAGGCGGCUGGCAUGGCCCUUUGCCUCGAAGCAGCGGCUGAUUCCAGACCCUCCCCUUCGCGCCGUGGCCACCUUUCUUCUCCCCCCCACCUCAUUCCUUUGAGUUCCCCGCCCGCUCCGGCCUUUGCUCUCCUGGUUCCUGCUCCACUGCACUGAGCGACUGACGUCACCAGCUGACCUGUGGCUUCUUUUAAAAGAAUUGCGCCAGUUCAGAAGUUCACAUGAAGCUGCCUUAAACGGAACCAGGCCAGACGGGCCGCGGCUCUCCGGGCUCUUUCACAUCCCCUCCUGCCUCUUCCGUUGAACUGGAGAUGCCAGAACCUUCAGAAGUCCUCGCCAUGGGUGACAUGAAGACCCCAGAUUUUGACGACCUCUUGGCAGCUUUCGACAUCCCUGACAUUGACACAAACGAGGCCAUCCACUCCGGCUCUGAGGAGGCAGAAGCUCACAUCAAGCCCAGUCCGGUGGAGGCUGGGGUCCCUGACCACGUCCUCCCGCACGGCGACAUCACCACCGUUAGUGUCAUUGUAAAGAACACGGUCUGCCCGGAGCAGCUCGACCCCUCAGACGCCCGCAUCAAAGACGGGCAUGUGAUUGGCCCACGCUUGCUGCAGAACGGCUUCGUCCCCUCUGAGGUCCCCCAGUCUCCGCCCGCUGGCCCAGCUGAAGUGGGAGCUGCCACUAACGGGGAGUGCUGGACGCCGAAAGAGAAAGGGACAAAGGGCCUUGACCUCUUUUCACACUUCAGCCCCGACCCCAACGAGGACAGCGCAGGCAACCUUAUCGACAGGCCGCGCGAAUGCAAACCGAAAGAGAAAACUCUCUCUGUGCCUUCCCUCUCCCCGUCCCCCACCCUUGCUUCUGCCCAGCCGCUGGACUGCCGGGAGCCAGCUGUGGAGAGUGCUGGACCUCUCCCUCCCGCGUUUCCGCAGUCGUUUGAAAGCUGUUCCGCUGGCGGAGUGGGCCUUCCUCCUAGUCCUCCGCUGCUGGCUCCCUUAGCCAUUAAACAGGAGUCAGACAGUGAUGCACCCUGCCAGGGGCCCAGUCCUUUGGACCACUCGAAAUCAAGCUCCGUUUGCUAUUCUAUGGAUGAUUCUUCCAUCGGGCCGUGGCCGAGUUCGGACACCAAUCCCGACAGCGGCUCCAGCAGCGUCCCUGGGAUCAAGCACUCUCCCAGCAGCCCGCGGGACCAGUUCUUCAAAAGUUCCCCGCAAGCAGACGAAAGCCUGGGCCCCUCAGUGUCCCCCAAACAGCUGGGCGGAGGAGCCCUGAAGGAGGAGCCCGUCGAGAAACCAGUGCAGUGCCCACCGGAUGGGUCCAGUGGGGGGGAGGAGGAGGAGGAAGAGGAGAACGGAGACGAAAGCACGGGCUCGCCCUCAUCCAAUUCCUCGCGGCCCCUCAAAGUGAGGAUCAAGACCAUCAAAACCUCUUCGGGAAACAUCACCAGGACGGUCACCAGAGUCUCGUCUGAUUCCGACCCUGGUGCGGCCAAGUUACCUCCUGAACAUGACGCUCAAGGGGGUCCCGUUGCCGAAGAGGCCGUGCUCCCUGCUGCUGCUGCUGCUGCUGCAGAGAAAGAGGAGGGGGCGGCAGAGGCCCCCAGCCCCAAAACGGUGGUGGCCAGUCCCUUGAAGGUGAUCGAAGGGCCAAAAGUUGUCAGCGUGCAGCUGGGCGACGGCACCAAGAUCAAGGGGACGGUGCUGCCGGUCUCCACCAUCCAGAAUGCCAGCAGCGCCAUGCUAAUGGCCGCGAGCGUGGCCCAGCAGAAAGCAGUGGUGUUGCCAAGCAAAGCCGUGGCCAAGAACAUCAUCAGCUUGGUGCCGCAGGCCCUCCCCAAAGUCUCCGACGCCAGGACCGCCGUCGGCACAGUGGCCCAGCCGGCCGCAGUGACCACCACGGCCAACCAGAAGGUCAACGGCACCACCACAGUCGUGGUGAUGCAGCCCCAGAAGUCUUCGCCCACCGUCGCCGGCACGGUCAUCUCCCGGAGCCAGUCCAGCCUCGUGGAGGCCUUCAACAAGAUCCUGAACAGCAAGAACCUCUUGCCCACUUACAAGCCCAACCUGAUCCCCCCGGCAGACUCCAGCCUCACACUGCCACCGCUCGGCUACCGCUGCCUGGAGUGCGGCGAUGCUUUCGCCUUGGAGAAGAGCUUGGCCCGCCACUACGACCGGCGCAGCAUGCGCAUCGAGGUGACGUGCAACCACUGCACCAAGCGCCUGGCCUUCUUCAACAAGUGCAGCCUCCUCUUGCACGCGCGUGAGCACAAGGACAAGGGGCUGGUCAUGCAGUGCUCCCACCUCGUCAUGCGGCCCAUCGCCCUGGACCAGAUGAUCGGCCAGCCCGACGUCACCCCCUUGGUUUCGGUCGCCUCCCUGAACGCUGGCAAAGCGGCGGCUGCGGGCAUGACACAGGAGGCGCUGGCCACGGCCAACGGGGGGGUGCCUCAGGAUAUGCCUGUCCUGCCUUUGAAUGGCAGCACCGAGCCAGCCACCACCAACUCCUGCCAGUGCCUGGAGUGCAAGGAGCAGUGCAAGGACAAAGCUGGCCUCGCAGCUCACUUCCAGCAAGCGACUCCCUCCUCCUCCACGGUGUGCAGUACCUGCCCCAUGAUCAUGCCCAACCGUUGCAGCUUCGGUGCCCACCAGCGCAUGCACAAGAACCUCCCUCCUCACGUGUGCCCGGAGUGUGGGGGGAACUUUCUCUUGGCCAACUUUGAGGCCCACCUGAAGGAAGCGUGCCUCCAUUUCUCCCGGAGGAUAGGUUACAGGUGCCCGAGCUGCUCUGUUGUCUUUGGAGGGGUGAACUCUAUUAAGUCCCAUAUCCAGACGUCCCACUGCGAAGUUUUCCACAAGUGCCCCAUUUGCCCCAUGGCGUUCAAAUCGGCCCCCAGUGCCCACGCGCACAUCUACACCCAGCAUCCGGGGUUCAGCAACCAGCAGUCCAAGAUGAUCUACAAAUGUGCCAUGUGCGACACCGUCUUUACUCACAAGCCUCUGCUCUCCUCGCACUUCGACCAGCAUUUGCUCAACCAGAGGGUGAGCGUCUUCAAGUGCCCCGACUGCCCCCUUCUUUUUGCCCAGAAGAGGACAAUGUUGGAGCAUCUGAAGAACACUCACCAGCCCGCAAAGCCAAAGGAGGAGCCCCCCAAGAAGCCUGCUGCUGCCCCCCUCACCCCCAAGCAGGAGCCGGCCGAAGAAGAGCCCCCGCCGCCAGUCACCAAGAUCUCGGAGUCGUCGUCUUCCUCUUCCGAAGACGAGGACCCACCCAGCUCUCCAGAGGUGCGGAAGAGCAAGAGGGGCCGUUUCCAGCGCAAGGCCAGUGCAGGCGGGCGGUCCAGGAGCAACGGCUGGACCUGCGGGAUCUGCCACUCCUGGUUUCCAGAGCGCGACGAAUACGUUGUCCACAUGAAGAAGAUCCAUGGCAAGUGUGUGAAGAAGUUUCCGUGCUGCUUGUGCGAACGUUCCUUCUGCUCUGCCCCCAGCCUGCGGAGACACGUCCGGGUGAACCACGAGGGCAUCAAACGCGUCUACCCCUGCCGGUACUGCACCGAAGGCAAGCGGACUUUCAGCAGCCGCCUCAUCCUCGAGAAACACAUCCAAGUGCGUCACGGCAUCAAAGUGACGGAUGAGACCCGCAGCCAGGAGGUGCUCAUCACCCGCCUGGGCUGCAGGAACUCUCAGGCGUCCAGCCGGAAACGCAAGCUGUCCUCUGACGAAGGAGAUUCGUGCAGUGAGGAGCCGGAUAGCACCACUCCGCCUUCCAAGACCCCCAAAGGUGACCGGAAAGCCCUGCACCAUUGCCGCAAAUGCGGCUACAUCGCCUCCUCGGCAGCGGAUUUCCAGGAACACAUCCCCCAGCACCGGACAGGCGAGAGCGCCCACCAGUGCCGCGAGUGUGGGCUCUGCUUUACUUCUCAGGUCUCUCUCAACCGCCACCGCUUCAUUACCCACAAGAAGAAGAGGGGGGCAGGCGAUGCCGAUGAGCCCAGUGCUCGGGGCGACCCCGAGGGCGGCUCCCCGCAGGCUGCCGAAGGGAAGCUCUCCUGCACGGUUUGCGGCAAGUGCUUCGACAGCCAACUCAACCUGAAAACUCACUUCCGCACCCAUGGGAUGGCGUUCAUCAAAGCCCGGCAGAACGUUGGGGCGGAGAACUAGCCGGGACCAGUCCCUGCUUACCUGUCCGUCAGGAUGGCGGUGGCAGGCGGGUCUGUGCCCCAAGUUCAUAGUGGAAGGGGGGGGGUGUCCCUGCAUCCCACCACUCUUCUCACUCAGUUGGGUAAAUAAGCUGUGAUUGCGGAGGGGUCGAGGGGAGCCUUGUUUAUAACCCGAGGUCAGCGGUCUCGCAGCCCCUGCUCCCUGCCUCACUGAGCUUUCCCCCCUUGAGGACUCUGUUUGGGGACAGUGGCAGGGCUUAUCCAUGGCUCUGAGGUGGAUGCAAGUUGGGAACUGGACGUUGAGACCUCCCCCAUAACAGUGGCUGCUGGCCACGGGCCAGGGGCUCACUUGCGAUCACUCCUACAGGCGCUCUGGUCAUCAUUGUAAAAGGCAGGCAAUGGUUCGCUUCAAGUUUUUCUUUCCAGCGCUCUUUCUUUACCCAGCCUUAUCACACAGCAGUGCAAAGCCGUUGCCACAUUUGGGCAGCUGUGUGACCUCCUGGCCCUGCCCAGCCUCAGAUUUGCGAGACCCCCUCUCCAGCUUCUUUCGGGAGCAAUUGCUGUCUGUCGGUCGGUCUGUUGUUUUUUUUUCCUGGCCCUCUCUGGGAUUUCCGAAGGUUUCCUGACUUUCCUAUGGAGACGGCACGUUCCAUCCUCAUCCCACCCACUUCCCCCCCCCAAAUACUCUCACCUUCUUUUAAACCAUUUGUUGUAUUGGUUUUUGCCUUUGCAGGUGCAGGAGGAAAACCGGAGGUAGCGAACUGGUCGGUGUCCUCGACUCCCCCCUCCCUGCUCAGUCUCCCCCCCCCCCAUAGGGAAUCAUGGGUUAAUUCUGUCUCUUGCACAAAUCUGUCUUUCUGACCUGCUCAUCAUAAAGUGGCCACUUUUGUAUGUGUAUUAACCUUUUCAAGCCAUUCUGCAGGGCGGAGUCAUACCAAGCCCCCCCCCCCACACACACACACCUCCCCCCAGCCUUGGUGUGCGGACAUUCUGUGCGCACGGGUGUUGGGCUGGCCUUUUCGCAAUAGCGGUCGAGACCUGGAAGUCCAGCAGCCAGCUCCACAGGUAGCACACAGCGGGGGAGAGGCGGGGGAGGCAGGGCGGUGUUGUUGGCUGAGGGCUGUGGAAGAGAGGAAUUGACCUCUGGUGUGCUCGGAGGCCGGCGACCUGCGAAGGUCCCCCAUGGGCAGGGGAUUCCACAUCUAGAACUCACUGAACAGUCUCUGGGAAAGCUGCGCUGUCUGUCUGUCAGUAUCUUUCUGCCUUUCGUCACUUAAAGGUACCUGUCACACACCCCCACACACACACCCCACACACACACAGGGGAUUGGAGAAAUGACCUCGUCAUGGGAGUAAAGUGUCAGAACCUGCCACGGUGCUGAGCCAAGCUGUUGGGUGGGCCUUGCAGGGCUCCUUAUGGCCACUCCUUUCCCCUCGUGCAAGAGGUCUCCUCUAUCAGGGGAGGACACGUGCAGGGAGGAGGGGCCGCUGCUGGAUUGGUGGGGUCCAGCCGGUGGGUUGAGUGGAAAAGACGCUGAUUGUUGACAAGGGGCUUGCUCCUGAGCUUGGGACCCCCGGCAAGGGGGGGGGGGCGAAAUGAGCCUCUCCCACAGUGCAUUGGGGCGUGAGAGGCGUUUCCCACCUGCGCUCUGCAAGGGCUCAAGCCAAGCAGCAGCUCCGUCAUACUGGGGCUUCUCCCCCCACCCCACCCACAUUGAGCUCUUGGCACUGCUGAAUGAGUGGCCCCACGUUGUGAGUGUUGGCACACACGGACACAUCCUUCCCUUUGUUUCUCAAAUGCAAGGUGGCGCUUGGGAAAUCGGAAGCAGUCCUCACCUCGAGGGGCACCCUGUGGCUAAAAUCAUGCCUCGUCACAGGGUCCGAGAUGCUUUGAUGCCCAAGGUGGGGGGAAAAACGGGUGGCUGUCCCCCUUCCCCCCUUAUUAUCAUGGGCCACAGUGCAUUAAGGAAACGCAGUUGCAAAAGACACAGUGAAACGGGCGGGACAUCCUUUGUCUGCUCAUUUCCAUGGAGGUUGCAGUGCCCAGAGAAUUGUGACAUCGGUGCCCCCCCCCCCGCCCCCAAAUCAGGUCUGUCUGCUUCCCACAUUGCCCUGCUGCGAAACCCCUUCCUCCUCUUGCCGUUGGGCCUUUUGAAUAAUCAGGCAUCGACUCAGCCUCUUUGCUGCACCGAUUCUGCUGUAAAUCAUCGUACUGAAUCUCUGCCUCCCCCCCCCCUCGGCAGCACCCUCUUGGCGUCCCCUCCGGCCUCAGCAGACAACAUUCCUAGAUCACAUGACCAAGAAGAUGGCUGGCACGUGUCGCGCUACCUGUCGGGUCCAACACGGGUUGCGCAUAGCUGCAAACUUGACAAAGGCUUGGAAAAUAGGUGUCUGUUCUCUUAACACGCACAUGCCUUUCCCUAUCCAAUCAUGUUUGGGAGGAAAUAGGGUUUUUUUCUCCCAUAAAGUGUUUCAGUUGCUGGAGGAGGGAGGAGGUCUGUCUUUUUUUUUUUUAAGUUUGUGCAUAAGUGAAUUAUUUUAGUAACUUGGUUUUCUGUUUUCAACUAGUCACUAAUGCUUAUUAACAAAGCGUGUGUCUUUUAAAAAAACAACAACCCUGUAACAUAUACUUUAAAACAAAGCCUGACUGUUGUAAGUUCUUAUUUCAGACAAUAAUAGUGACAAAUCUGUUUCCCUUUUUGAGAUCUUUUUUUGUGUUAUAAAUGGUUAGUAAAGAUGGGGGGGGGCUUUUUUGUGGAGAAGAGAAUGAUGACUGCGCUAAGUUUUGAUUUUAUUAUUGUUUGCACAUUUUAAGUUUUUUUUUUUUAAAAAAUCCUUAUAAUUACAUGUCAGA